AUAUCUUUUUGCAUAUAUAUACUCAUGUGUAAUCGGGUCUACGUAAUUCGUCAAAAAAAUUUCAAUUUAUUUAUUAAUGCUCUCAACUGCACAAAACGUUUUGUAGUUGAGCACCAAUAACCGAUCCCGGCGCGGCCAGCAACCGCCGAUUACGUCCGACCAAAACUUCUUCCUUCUCAUCACCGUUCAGGUUCCAGUCAAUGAAAACAAGUACUUUGCUCAUAAACUUACUCCAAUGAAUCAACAUCAACUCAAGACCCAGAAAAACGACGAUCAGACAUAACUAAUGGCGGUUCCCAAUCUUCUUCUGUAAGUAGUUCUUACACAACCAGGCCGGUUCUUUAAUUUUCCGGUAACAUCGCCGGAAAGAAAAAAAUGGAGAGCUUCAAUCAGCUGGGAGAGGAAAGCGUGGUCGUGUCGGCGAGGCAAAGGGGCAACGGCCAUAGCAACUUCAUGUACGGCGGCGGCGGGUCGGUUCUCGGAAGUUACGGGAGACCCGCCGGAGCCGCGGAAAGCAACCACAUAUCCACCGGGUUUCAUCUCCAGUCCGGCGGCGGCGGCGACUGCUAUAGUCAAUCGGAAGGGCAUUCUCCUCAGGUAAAGAGCGAGGGAGAAAACGCUUCCCUUCACCACCACCACCAGAUGUUUCAGUACCCUUUGAUAGCCCGAGAUCAUGAGUAUCAUCAGCAGCAGCAGCAAGGGCCGGCGGCGGCCGGAAACUCUAUCGGUGACGGAGAUGCUUUGAAGGCUAAGAUCGUGGCGCAUCCCAACUAUUCUAAUCUCCUGGAAGCGUAUAUUGAUUGUCAAAAGGUAGAAUAUUAUGUUCAUUUACCGAUAUUCUUAUAGAAAUGAUUUGAGGGUAUUUUUUUUAUUGUUUACUUAUAUUGUUUUUUAUGUGAAUGAUAUGGUGGAAUAUGAAGGUCGGUGCUCCGCCGGAAGUGGUGGCGCGUCUGACUACGGUCCGGCAAGAGGCGGAGGGGAAGCAGCGAGCUUCGUUUGGUUCUAUAGAUUUCUCCAAGGACCCAGAACUCGACGAAUUCAUGGGAGCUUACUGUGAAAUGCUGGUGAAGUGUGGGGAGGAGCUGGCGAGGCCUUUCCAAGAGGCAAUGGAGUUCAUGCGACGGAUUGAAUCGCAGCUUAACGUUUUAUGCGACGGUCCGGUCAGGAUUUUCAACUCCGAUGGAGAUGAGAAGUGGGAGGGGGUUGGGUCAUCGGAGGAGGACCAAGACAACAGCGGAGGGGAGACGGAGCUCCGAGAACUCGACCCGCGCGCACAAGACCGGGAACUGAAGAACCACUUGCUGAGGAAAUACAGUGGCUAUUUAAGCAGCCUGAAGCAAGAACUAUCAAAGAAGAAGAAGAAAGGGAAGCUGCCCAAAGAGGCAAGGCAGAAGUUGCUUAGUUGGUGGGAACUCCACUAUAAAUGGCCGUACCCCUCGGAGACGGAGAAGGUGGCGCUGGCCGAGGCAACGGGCCUGGACCAGAAGCAGAUAAACAACUGGUUUAUCAACCAAAGGAAAAGACAUUGGAAGCCAUCUGAGGACAUGCAGUUCAUGGUGAUGGCGGACGGCCUCCAUCCACAGACAGCCGCUGCUGCUGCUCUUUACAUGGACGGGCACUACAUGCAUCAUCAUCAUGUCAGCGCCGACGCUCCAUAUCGCUAGUUUAAUUUCAUGCAUUCCCAUGGGUUUUCUUGUUGUCUUUCGUAAUUUAUUGAUUAAUUUAAGAUAAUCGUUGUUAGUGCAGUCACUUUUUCUUAAUUCCUUUCUUUUGGCAGCUCAAUCACCUUGUUGACAUUAAUUGUAUUAAUUGUUUUUUCCAGAAAUACCAUUUCAACCUUUGUUUUCAAAUUACUUCAUAUGUGUAAUCUUUGUUGGGGUUAGGGUUUUACUUUCUUUAAUACCCAGUAAUUCAUAUUGGGGUUAGGGUUUUACUCUUAAUUAGAUGAAGGCUGCUUAAAUAGCCACUGUAUUUCCUCAGCAAAUGGUUCUUCAGUUCUCGGUCUUGUGCCCGCGGGUCGAUCUCCCGGAGCUCCGUGUCUCCUACGCGCAAAUAUUACUAUUCUAAAUUAGGCCUGGACUCGGGCCCGGGACAGGCCUAGGUCCGGCCGGGCCGGCGGUUCUGGAAUGGGGGGCUCGGAACCGACCCGGGUAAUUCCCGGUUCCGGGUCGGGCCUCGGGCCAUUGUUAAUUUUUUUUCCUUUCCCUAGUUAACCCCCACCCCCCUUCACCCCAAACCACCCCCAAAUGGCCCAAAAUACCCAGUCCAACUCGAAAAGUAAAAAAAAUUGAAAAAAAAAAAAUUUAAAAAGGCCCGGAACCGGGCUCGAACCGGCUAGGCCGGUUCAUGAUUUGGGGGGCCCGAGCCCGGACCGGAACCUGCGCGGGUCGGGCCUACCCGGACCGGUCACUGAUCGGGCCGGGCUAGAACAGUGCUGGUUCGGGCCGGUUUCGGGUUGGGCCACCCGGCCCGAGUUCAGGCCUACUCUAAAUGGAUAGCUCUUCAUCUAAUUAAGAGUUAUUACCAUAAGAUUACCUAGAGCCGUCGAGGGUCUCUCUCGAUAACAUAUAUCCUAAACAAGUACAUAUGCUCAAUUUAUCGUUGCACAUUAUCCUUAAAGCUUUCAUUCAGGCACAACCAACGUACCAUGCAAGACUUGUCAAUUUAUCGUUGCACAUUAUCCUCAAAGCUUUCAUUCAGGCACAACCUGUAAACUGAACUGAAUUGGAAACUGA